AGGUUGAUAGCGGUUUCAACGUUGUAGGCAAGAAUUUAGUGGGGUUGUGAUAAAGGGAACUUUUUUCUGAGACAAUAAGACUGAACUUUCCCAUGCAGCCAUCCAAGUUUUGCUUUUCUCCUGUAGGAAGUGGCUGGCUAUAGCUGUCGUGCUUUGACAGAUCUCUAAAGAGAGCUGGAACUUUUGUAGGAGGUGCUCUUUCCAAAUGCAACUCCAUUUGUGAAACUCAUUUAAGUCCUCAGGAGGCGAGUUAACAGUGGAUCCGUUCGUCAUGAGUUUUGCCGAACUCCUAGACAGCAUUGGCGGCAUGGGCCGCUUUCAAAUCAUCCAUGUGGCUUUGCUUGUUAUCCCUGUUUUAAUGACAGCCUCUCAUAACCUUCUGCAGAAUUUUUCUGCUGCUGUCCCAAGACAUCACUGCCAGAUCCGUGUCCCUGCCAACAGCACGGGUGGUACAAACAUGACUCAAAGGCUGAGCACCAAAGAGCUCUUGAGGAUCUCCAUCCCCAUGGAUGGGGACUGGGAGCCGGAGAAGUGUCGCCAGUUCAUCACCACCCAGUGGCAGCUCCUAAGUCCCAACGCCACCGUCGCGAACGAGACAGAGAUGGAAACAGAGCCAUGCACAGAUGGGUGGACCUACGACAAGAGCAUCUUCACCAACACCAUCAUUAUGGAGUGGGACCUGGUGUGUAACCUGCGGACGCUCGGACAGAUGGCUCAGUCAAUUUACAUGGCUGGGGUGCUGGUGGGAGCGCUUGUGUUUGGAAGCUUAGCAGACAGGUUCGGGCGGAAGGCUCUCCUGAGCUGGUCUUACCUGCAGAUGGCUGUCUCGGGCACCUGCACUGCCUUCUCGCCCAAUUUCACCGCAUACUGCAUCUUUCGCUUCCUGGUUGGGAUGGCCCUUUCUGGGAUCAUCCUCAACUGUAUGUCACUGGUUGUUGAGUGGGUGCCAAUCAAUGUACGGACCAUAGCCGGCACAGUGGUGGGAUACUGCGCUACCAUUGGGCAGAUUGUUCUUGCAGGCUUGGCAUAUGCCCUCCCGGACUGGCGCUGGUUACAAUUCACCGCAUCUAUGCCCUUCUUCAUCUUCUUUCUCUACUCCUGGUGGUUUGCAGAGUCCGCUCGCUGGCUGGUUCUAUCAGGAAAACCAGACCGAGCAGUGCAGGUGCUUAAGAAAGUUGCUCAGAUAAAUAGAAAAAAAGAAGAAGGAGACAAGCUCGAUACUGAGGUCUUGAAAUCCAACAUGCAGAAGGAGAUGGCUUUGGCACAGUCUUCCUACACAUUGUACAGUUUGGUCCGCACACCCAACGUACGCAGGAUAUCCUGCUGCAUAUCUAGUGUCUGGUUUGCCACCAGCUUUGCCUUCUAUGGCUUGGCCAUGGACCUGCAGCACUUCGGCUUCAACAUUUAUCUCAUCCAGGUGGCUUUUGGCUCCAUUGACAUCCCGGCCAAGCUGGGCGCUGCCAUCGGGAUGAGCUUCAUUGGCCGGCGCUUCACCCAGGCAGCUUCCGUCAUCCUGGCAGGGCUGGCGAUCCUGGCCAACAUAUUUGUGCCACGAGAGCUGAAGGCCUUACGUACAUCCCUGGCAGUGCUUGGAAAAGGAUGCUUAGCCUCUUCCUUUAACUGUUUGUACCUCUACACUGGCGAGCUGUACCCAACAGUCAUCAGACAGACCGGCAUGGGGCUUGGAAGCACCAUGGCUCGCGUGGGCGGCAUAGUAGCUCCGGUGGUAAGGUUGACGGGGGAAUAUUUCCCAUACUUCCCACCAAUUAUAUAUGGGACAGCUCCUAUAAUCUCAGGCAUCGCUGCUAUAUUCCUGCCAGAGACCCUCAAUGUGCCAUUGCCUGACACCAUAGAAGAAGUGGAGAGAGGGAAAAGGGCCAGAGACCUAAAGAAUGACGAGCAAAAGGAGAAGAUUCUUCUGCAGACAAUGGGGUCGGCAAUGCUGCAGGAAGCCUGAUGGUGUGAUGCAAGAGGGGGCCCCUUGGGUUAGGUAGUCCUCUGCUCAGAGUGUCACCCACGUUUCUGUACACAGCAGUACACUCACAGAGCCUGGCUCUGUGCAGUGCUGCAGAGCAGAGAGAGGUUGCAGGGGAGUCAUAACAAAUAAAUGGCAGAUUCCUCAGUCUUUAAAAUAUCUCUCUCACACUACACGCGUGCGCACACACUCCGAUACUCGCACUCAUAGAUACACUGACUCGUGUGCAUGUUCACACUUACACUCAUGCAUACACCCAGUCCCAUUCACACCGUCACACACACGCUCACACAUACACACUCAUUCACUCAGGCAGAUGUUCUCACACAUUCCUGCUCACACACACUUGCAACAAACACAUAGGUCGGCACUGUUAGAAGGCUCCCUCCCUUUCCACCACAGCUGAUUAACACUCGACCUCCUGCCAUCUGACAAUAAGUUGGUUCCCAACCCAAAUCUCAUAAACAGCUGUGUUUUAUGGAAAACUCACCCUAUAAAUCUAAUGGCUGUGGAUGGAAUGUGUUUCAUUCAGCUCCCAUUGUAGAGAGGCCCAUGGCCAUUUUUCACAUACCUGAAUACCAGAGCCCUUGGGUCAGAGGAAAUGUUUAAACAAUUUCAAUUACCAUCACGUCUGUUUCCAUGGGGCGUAAACAGAACACUCAUGCUGCCUAAUAAAUGCCGACUCCUGUUAAGGCGGUAGUCUGGGAUGACCCAUUCAUCUCCUGCCCAUGGUAUCACCACCUCUCCAAUGGAGGACUCCCAUUAUGGCUCUGUAUCUGCUGAAGGGUUCAAUCUUUUAGCCCUAAAAUUAUCUUCAUCCCAGAUGGGACAGAAAGUUUGGACCAUAUUCGUGGCUGGUGUAAAUGGGCAGAGCUCCACUGACUUCAGUGGAGUGAUGCCCCUUUACACUAGGCUGGGCAUCUGGCCCCUUUACGCCAAAGAAACUUUGCCCAAUUUACACCAGCUGGGGAUCUGGCUGUACUGUUGCCAAUGGAGUGACACCAACUGAGGAUCUGCUCCAUUAAUUCCAGUGGAGCUAUGGCUGAUUUACAUCAGCUGGGGAUCUGGCCCGAUUGCCUCCAGUUGAGCUACAGGUCUAGUCCUGACUCAGAGAGGUUGAAUGAUUAGCGCAGUGGGGGAAGGGAAGUCAGGACUUCUGGAACAUAGUCCCCUCCCAGCUCUGGGAAGCAAACAGGUUACAGCACAGUUGAGACUGGGAAUCAAGACUCUUGGGUACUAUUUCUGGUUAUGGGAAGGGAGUGGGAUCUAGUAGAUUAGAAAGGGGGGUGCUAGGAGUCAGGAUUUCUGGAUUCUACUGCCAGCUCUGGGACACAGGGGUCUAGUGCAGGGUUCUGCAACCUGCGGCAUGUGAGCUGAUUUUUAGUGGCACUCUGCUGCCAGCCAGGGUCCUGGCCGCCUGCCCCACUCAUCCCGCUGCCGGCCUGGAUGGACAGAAUCCUGGGCCAGCAGCAGCCUGAGCGGGGCCGGUGGAUGGAACAUCAGCCCGCUGCUGGUCUGGGGUUGCAUCCGCCGGUCCCUGCCAGCCUAGGUCCCGGCCACUGGCCCUGCUCAGCUCGCUGCCAGUCUGGGGUUCCAUCCGCCAACCCCUGUAAAUGUAAAAUGUAUUACUGGCAUGCAAAGCCUUCAAUUACAGUAAAUAAAUGAACACUUGGCACACCACUUCUCAAAGGCUGCCAACCCCUGGUCUAGUGGUUAGAGCAGAUAGGGCUAGGAGUCAGGACUUCUGGGUCUAUUCCUGAUUCUAUCUCUGGCCUCUGUGUAGUCUAAGUGGGUAGAACAACGGGCAUUUCCUCCACUCCUUGGGACAGUAUCAGUGUAUGAUACUGAGCCUGGCCUGGCAAAAUAACUCUGUUGUUCUGCAUUGUAUCAGACCUGGAUCCAUAGCUCUUGGUUUAAUGCAAAUAGAGAGGAUGCAUUUGGGACCCAAGUUCAAUAAAUUAUAAAGCACUCAGGGAACAGUUCAUCCACUCCAUUCUCUGGGCUGGAUGAACAUGUCUUAUCCUAUAUCAUUCUGUGUAUAGAGGGUGCCCUGUGCUGUGGAAUGAAAUGAGCUGAGAUCAUUCCAUUUUAAGCACCAGGCAGUUCCAUAUUAAAACAACACUGAGAGGAAGGAGGAUUCCUAACCUGGCCAAACUCAACUAUCCCCUGUUAUUUCAUGAAGUAUUUUCAUUGGAAUAUUAUUUCAAAUGUCAGUGCUUCAAAUAAACAUCCCAAAGGCCUUUCUAUUUGGACUGCAGAGUUAUUCAGGCAGGGACUGUCACCUAAUGGUUAGAGUAGGCAGAGCUGGGAUUCAGGAUUUCUGGUGUCUAUUUCCAACUUUGGAAAGGGAGUAGGAUCUAGCAGUUGGAACAGGGGGCUGAAAGUCUGGAUUUUGGGGUUCUGCUUCAGGAGGGAGCAUGUGGUCUUAGUGUUUAUGGCAGGAAAGCCUGGGACUGGGAGUCAAGACUCCUGGGUUCUGUUCCCUGCUCUGGGACAGAAUGUGGUCUAAUAAUCAAGCAAGGGACUGCAACCAGGAAUCAGAUUCCUGGGUUCUACUGCCAGAGGCCAAUGUGGUCUAGUAAUGUCCUUCAAAGUGGGAGCUGGAAAUCUGGGGUGUUUCACUUGCUGUCUCUGGGCCUCAAAUUCUCCCCCUAUAAAUAGAGCUUUGAAAUCCUUAUAUAAAAGAGAUUACUACACAAGUGCUACAAAUUGUUAUGCUAAUGCUAUUUUUUAAUCUCUAGAACAGACCCCUUGUAAGUAUCUGAACCAGGUAUUGAAAAAAUAAACAUAUAAUUUACCUGGGCCACAACUAAAGUGCUAUGAGAUCUGGUCUACAGAUUAUUUGUGUUACAGUAGCGCCUAGAUCAGAGCCUCAUGAUGUGCGCAUUAUUAACCCUACAGCAGUGCCCAGAAGCCCUAAUUGAGAUCCGGGGGCUAUUAUGGUGAGUGUGCAUUAUUAUUAGCAUUACAGUAGCAUCUAUAGGCCUCAGUCAAGAUUGGGGUCUCAUUAUGGUGUGUGCAUUAUUAGUAGUAUUACUGUAGUACCUAGACAGCCCAGUCCAUUAGCAUUAUGGUAGUAUCCAAAAGCCCUAAUUGAGAUCAUGGCCCAUUAUAGUGUGUGCAUUAUUAGUAGUACUGUGGUAGUAUCUAGGGGGCCAUACACUAGAGCAGGGCUGCAUUAUGGUGUGUGAAUUAGUAGUAGUACUACAGUAGUAUCUAGAGGCCCCACACUAGACCACUGUACUGGGUGCUGUGCAGCCAUUCCCUGCCCCAAUCUGUUUAAAGUCUGAAUAGAGAAGACAAAAGGUGAACCAGAGGCAAAUGACUUGCCCAAGGCCACACAGCAGAUCAGUGUCAGUCAGCAGAUGCAGGAACAGAACCCAGGUCCUCCUGAUUUGUACUCUACUCUCCAGCCUACGCUGCUGCAUAAAUAAAUAAGCACUCAUCACAUGAGCCUUUCAGCCACAAUCACUUGCAAAGAUACUAGCGAGGCUAAUGUAGUCUAUGCUGUAUGAAUAAUCACACUCGUAUUGGCAACUGCAUACAUAAACCAACUGUCAACUCUAAACAGCAGGCACAUUCUAAGACAGCCAGCACUCUGAGCAUCAUAUCCAGCAGAGGGAGUGGUGGAGAUGCCUUUAUUAAGAGUUUGUGAAUUUAACCCUCACAAACUAUGCCAUAAUCACCAAGCACUGGGAGAGAUUUGCCAGUUCAAAGCAAGUGCUCAGAACAAGAGCCCAGAAACACAGAAGUAGAUCUAAGCUCCCAGUUCUGGUGCUGCUCAGAAGAGUUGAAUCGAGCUAGGACACAACCCACGUAAGUGAGCCUCUAUUUCAUUUAAAUCGUUGGGAAGAUGCUACAUUUUCAUUCCUCUUUUGACCUACUGAGUGCAGGAGGAAAGGGCUGUAAAAGGCAAUCUUGCAAGUGAGUUGAAGCCACUGCAGAGAGACGGAGGACCAGGGUGUGCUGAUGCUUAUGUGCGGGAGAAAAUUUAGCUCAUAUGGGAGGUGUCGGAGGCAGAAAAGAUGGGGCAAUUUUAUUUUUGUGGAUAACUUUCCAGGGCAAGCAAUACCUGGAGAAAAGCAGCCUGCCAUGGGAUGGUUCAGCAGCUGAUUCUUGCACUGUCAGUGCUGUGGUUACAUUCUGACUUUAAUGGCAGAUCCUCUGAUGGUAGAAAUCAGCAUCGCUCCAUUAAUUUUGAUGGAGUUAAGCUGAUUAGUACCAGAGCUGAGGACCUAGCCCUUGCUUUCUUCAGUGAAAGAUGUGGUGAGUAGGAACGCAAUCCAUCAGGCAGUGGUGUGAUCGGAAGGCAAAAAUGUGCUUAAGACUGGAUGAGAAACUGGUGCAACAUCUUGCAUUUAAAGUCUAAGCCUCUUUCUAACACAUAGCAGUAAAUGAACAGGGAAUGGCACGUGUGAGACAAAAUGCAAUUUACUAGCUCCUGGAUUUGUACAUGAUAACCAUUAAUUAUUAUUGCUGUGCAGAGAAGCAUCAUCUGAAUGCACAGAUAGGUGUUAGAGCUCCUGCUUCCGGGAGUUGAGUCAGAGCUAAUGGUUAGAGGAGGGGGCUGGGAGUGAAAACUCCUGGAUUUGAUUCCCAACUGUGGGUGGGUAGUGGUCAGAGCAGGUGGUGGGGCGAGCUAAGAGUCAGGCCUCCUUAAUUCUAUCCUAGGUUUGGAAGGGAGCAUGGGCCAGGUGAUGAGAAUGAGGGAUCAGGACUUCUGGUUUCAAGUCUGGAUGGUGUGAGGAAAUAUAUUCUAGUGGUCACAGCAACAGACUGGGAGUCAGGAUAUCUGGGUUCUUCUCCCAGUUCUGGGAGGGGAGGGGCAUCUAGAUUAGAGUAGGGGCUCAGGACUUCUGUGUUCUCCUCCCAAUUACAUAUGUAUUAUAUUAAUGUACUGUAACAAGGCUUUAUAAAGCUUGUUAAAAGUUUUACAGUCAAAGAAAUAAACCAAAAUCUUUAGUCUGUUUCAAAGCUCUUCACCUAGGAGUAGAUCUAGAUGAAUUCAUGGCACAUGGCUUACAUUUUUCUUCCAAUGUUUGCAGAUGAAAAAUACAUAGAACCCAGUGCCAGAGCAGAGUUUAAAAAGCAAACUUUACAGCUAAUUGUGAGAGUCUGUUUUCCCCAUAUCUCUCAGGCAGUAACAUUAACCACCUGUCAUCAGAUUCACCCACACUCAUUUUUCUCUUUCCUUCUGCUUUUUUUUAAAUAUAUGAGCAUGUAACUUGUGUUUCAUAGAAUGUUGUUAUUUAUAAUUACUGUAAUUUAUAGAGCCCUCAGCUGAGAUUCCCCAUUGCGUGAAAUCCUGCAGGGACUCCAACCAAGAUCAGCACUCUAAUUGUGCCAGGUGCUGCCCAGAUCCUGACUGAAAUCAGGGUCCCCAAUUGUGCUAGGCACUACACAGACCCUGAGUGAUAUCGGGGCCCCCUGUGCCAUACACAGGAGAUAACAUACAGUAAGAGUCCAUCUCUGCCCUAAAGAUCUUAUCAUCUCAUAAAGAAAGUCAAAGGAUGGAAGGGGAAACUGAGGCAGAGAGCGUGGACGGGGAAACUGAGGCAAGGAGAACAGAAGGGGCUUGCCCAAGAUCACGCAGCAGCUUAGCAACAGAGCUAGGAUUAAAACCCAGCUCCUCUGAUGUCCAGUCCAGCGCCCUAUCCACUAGGUACACUGCCUCCAUUUCUUGGCUGGUCUGGCAACAUUUUGCUCAACACCUAAGACAACAUUACUGAAGCCCUUGGAGUUAGCUGGGGUAAGGAAAUUUGGCUCUCGCUCUUUGACAUUCUAUCAGAAACAACUUCUGAAAAAUAGAGCCGGUGCUUAGUUACUUAGCACAAGAAAAAAGCAACAGCAGACCAGCCACAGAGGCAGAGAGAGGUAAAAUAAUUGUAGCAUCUAAUGAAUCUAAAUCAUACGGAAGAAAAAACAGCAGAUGAUUCUAAUAGAUCUUACAAGAGCUAAUAAAUUAACCCCAAUGAGACACAGCGUGAGAGAACCAAGUACGUUAAUGCUUUUUCAAUGCUAAGCAUAUUUAAAGGCUUUAUUCUAAAGUUCAGUCAGGUCAAAUCUAUGAUGCUCUACGGUGAACGUCUGCUAUUAUGGACAUUAUCCUCCCUCUGUCUGUCUUCUCUCUUCAGAAUUCACUCUUCAUGUAUGACACCAUCUUUUACUGUGCUUGUGCGGUGCUCAACACAUUGGGCCUCCCCCCGCUUUCGGUGAGGCGGGUCUUCAAUAUAAAUAAUAAUACAUUAUAUUUAAAAAACAAUACUCUCUACUCAAAGCCCUACUCCUAAUACUUGUAGGUCAAGAAAGAAUAUAGAAAAUAAUUUGCCUGCAAAGGACAAGCAGUUAAAUCCCAAGAGAUUGGGCUAUAUUAAAGUGCUGUAAAGUUGUCCCUUUUGAUGUAUUAACCUGUUGCUUGCAAAUCUUUUUCACUUAUGGAAAUGUUUGUUUUGAAAGCCCUAAAAUUGCCAGCUCUUGCAGAAUAAUCUUUUAAGGCACUUAGCCAGCCAAAUACAGUGUUACGAAUAUUACUAAUGGAAAACGGUCUGAAAACAGCUGUGUAUA